GGAGCGAGCAGAAAGCUGCUGGUGUGUCUGGAGGGAGAAUUUGCCCGUCCCCAUGUCCCUGUCCCUGCCUUGCAGAGCUCGGGGGAUGCCCCAGACCUGCCCCACACCCUCGGACAUGGCCGAGCUCGGCAGCCAGGGCUGGAUGGGCGAAAUGCCGGCAGCCAAGGGCGAGCUGCAGGAGGGGAACACCCGGAGCGGAGCCUUCGCGCUGGUACCCACCCUGCCCGAGGAGCACGACAGCGGGGAGGAGGAGGAGGAGGAGGAGGAGGACAGCGAGAAGCCGAAGAGGAGGGGCCCGAAGAAGAAGAAGAUGACCAAGGCCAGGCUGGAGAGGUUCCGGGCUCGCAGGGUCAAGGCCAACGCCCGCGAGCGCACGCGGAUGCACGGCCUGAACGACGCCCUGGACAACCUGCGCAGGGUCAUGCCCUGCUACUCCAAAACCCAGAAACUCUCCAAAAUCGAGACGCUGCGCCUGGCCAGGAAUUACAUCUGGGCCCUGUCCGAGGUGCUGGAGAGCGGGCAGACUCCGGAGGGCAAGAGUUUCGUGGAAAUGCUGUGCAAGGGGCUCUCGCAGCCCACCAGCAACCUGGUGGCCGGCUGCCUGCAGCUGGGCCCGCAGCCGCUGUUCCUGGAGAAGCACGAGGAGAAAUCCUGCGAGCCGGGGCUGCCUGGCCACUCCUUUGGCUACCAGGGGCUGCCCAGCCCCCCGUACGGGUCCAUGGAGUCGCACCUGCUGCACCUGAAGCCGCCGGGCUUCAAGGGUUUGGCGGAUGCUCCCUUCGGGAGCCGCGCACCGGAGUGCGCCACGCCGCCCUACGAGGGGCCGCUGACGCCGCCGCUGAGCAUCAGCGGCAAUUUCGCCCUGAAGCAGGAGGGGUCCCCGGAGCUGGAGAAAGCCUUCCCCUUCCUGGGCCACUACCCCCCGGCCGGCCUGGCCACAGCCCAGCACGGACACGGCUCCCACUUCCCCAGCGCCGCGCCGAGAUACGAGAUCCCGCUGGACGUGGGCUACGAGUCCUUCGGGCCACACGGGGCUGGGACACAGCUCGGGGCCAUCUUCAGUGAGUGA